CAUAUGUGUAAGCUGGCUAAUGCCUUGUCAGACCUCAGAUAAAAUGAUGUACCUAGUACACUCGAAAAGAGAAGUAUCUUCACUCUUUCUGACAUAAUAAUAUGGUACGACAACGAAAGUGGUAGGAAAAAGUGCAGUGAGCUUGACCCGAUAUUAGUAUUCCUGCCAGGGACAUCUGUCAACUCCCUGACUCCACUGCUGUGCAUCCACUCAAACAGCCCAGUGGUUUUCAGAAAGUGUGUGUGCUGCAGCUAAAUGUGAAGUUCCACCAGAUAUUGCCUGCAGAAGAAAAGGGAUCUGUAUUCCUUGCAGCAGUUAUAGAUUGUUAAAGAAAAAUUGAAAAAUAACUAUGAAGAAAUUACUCAUGGGAAGGAUCGGCUGAUGGAAGUCUUGCCCUAGGCAAGCCAAUCCGCGCAGAGGAUAGAUGGAAUAGUGUUUGGACCAGUAAAGAGUAAAGUAGGCAGAUAUGGUUAUAGUAGUUGAAGGGCAUCCCUUGACUAAAACCAUAACGUCGACUGAAGAGUUGUAUAAAUGCUAUCCUGGGCUUGUAGAGAAGGGCUUCAGUUUUGCCCAGCAGGCAGAAGUACAGGUGCCCUCUCAUUUCACAUUAUUUGUUGCACAGGGGGAGUAUGGAGUUGUCCCUGCCAAAGACACAAAAGUGAAAAUUGUGGGGUCAGAUGAUGCCACUACCUGUCAUGUGGUAGUGAUCAGGCACCCUUCGGGUACCACGGCUGUGGCACACUUUGAUGGUCGGAAGAAUGAGGAAGAUGCCCUUAAAGCAAUAGUAGAAAAGAUACACAGAAUAGAAGAUGAUACAAGUGACUUGGAGCUGUUUGUUGUAGGAGGUUACCAGCCUGAGGAAGGAAGCAGAGAGGCAAAAAGGAAUGAAUCUGAGUUAUUAUCACUAAAGAUCCUCCGGAUGUUUAGCCAUCACAAAUGCACAUUUAACCUUUCUUUGUGGUGUACAGGAAGACUCAACACCAGAACUGGGAUGGAUGGCCCCAUGCCCAUUGUAUAUGGUGUUGGAGUGGAUAUGUCAAAUGGACUCCUUUUCCCUGCACACUUUACCUCACAUGAACCUAAUUUGCCACUGAGAUCAGCUUCUCGUUGGGUUUCUGAGGGAAUGUUGUGUGAUUUGUACGAUCACAAAAAUGGAACAAUUUGUAUUGAGCCUUUCUAUUAUAAAGAUAUGGAAACUUUUUCCUAUUAUGUUAACCUGCCAGACAAGGUCUUGUUGAAGAACUUUUCAACAUCUCCAAGAGUUGAGCCUCCCCGGUUUUGUGAUGAGUUACGAAAAGUGUUUCAAGUGUUUGUUGAUCACCCAGAUCCACACAACACCCUUUUUCCAGAUAACCAGGGUAAAAUUUAUGGUAUGAAUGCUGAGGGACUUUGGGAACAAUUGCAAUAUUGAUGAUGACUGAUAUAUUAAGCCUAAGAUGAUUUUUUCCCCUAAAAUUGUUAUGUAUCCUUGUGGAAUAUUAUUAGUAUGAACAGAUAGAACAUAUUAGAGGCUUGAAGCAACUCACAUUUUCCUCGUUUAUCAGUCUGAUUCUUUCUCUUCUGUUUUCUACCUCAGUUUUCUGUCAAUAUUAGAAUGAAGAGUUACCAGAUUCAUUUUAGAUUCUCCUUUUCACUUAUUUACCUUGAGAAUAUUUUGAUAUUUAAUUUGAGGAAUCAGAGAUCAAAUUUGUUAGGACUAAAUAUUUUGAAUGUGAAAGGGAGUAUUUAGAGUUGAUCGAAGUAAUGGGCUUUGAUAUUUAAAAUGUGAUAGAUAAUGCAAGAAUCAAACAUGUUUAAUUGACUUUGAUUAAAUACGUAACUGUGAUCUCAUGUGUUUUAGUAUGAAAGCUUUUGAUAAUUUAUGCUUUUAUUUACAUUCACAAAGUUGCUAUUUGUGGUUCAGGACAUUUUCAGAUUGGAACAGAAUUUACAGGAUUGCAAUUUAGGAAUCCUUAAACUGCAGAGCUUGCUGUGACAAUACUGUAUAUUAUUCUUUUGAGAGAGUCUAAUGUUUCUACCAUCCGCAUUAUAGCCAAGGACUAAUUAUUAAGUAACACCAGGUUCACAACACAGUGGCUUUCCAUUUUCUAGAGAUAUUUUAUGUUUUGGUCUUCCUAGCAGAAAUACCUUAUUUAACUCAGCCUUGUGAUGAUAAUCAAUAUUACGCUUGUAUUCUAGGUAAUUUCCUUGCAUACAUAUAUAAACCAUGUUUUAUCAUAUGUAUUUGCUCAUUAUUUUGAUGUAGAAAAGAUUUCAUUGCAAUUAAUUUUCGAAUUUUGAUUUUACUAGUAGGUGUAUAAAAUAGGUUUAUGAAAUAGGUGGAUGAGAAUUGUUGCCUUGGAUUGGUUUCAGUAAUCAAACUUUGUGAAUCAACAAGUACAUCUGCACCUUGACAUAUGUGUAGGGAAUGCAUUAGCAACAACUUUAUUAAAAGUUCAUUAUGAAAUUUCCCUUAUUUAACUCUUGACUGAGUCUAGGUAUUAUAUCCAUGGAUGUGGCAUUUGUACUAGUUUUUACAUCACCUUUUAUAUAUGAUCUCACAGGUCAAAGAUGUUAUGAAGUUUUAAUCAGUGGCAGCAGUUGUGAUGAAAAUUUACCAGUAUUACAAUAGCUAUCACAAUACCAAUGAAUACAUUGAAUAAAGUAAUUGUUUCUACAAA